GGUCGCCCGAAACACCCAUCGGAAAGGCUCGCAGAAUCGGGAACCGGUUCAUCCGUCGUCGCAUACCCCACCCUCUCUCGCGCACGCCGCCGCCACCGUCACCGCCACCGCCGACGACGAUGGGUCUCUGGGAUGCCAUGUACCGCGUGGUGAUGCGGCGUAAUGCCGUCUACGUUACCUUCGUCGUCGCCGGCGCCUUCGCGGGCGAGCGGGCUGUGGAUUACGGAGUCCACAAGGUCUGGGAGAUGAACAACGUCGGGAAACGGUAUCAAGACAUAUCAGUUCUGGGGCAAAGGCCUGUUGAGGAGUGAGAGCAUUGAAGCGUAGACUUCCCAUGAUCUUCCUUACAUGAAAUUAGACAUCUUCUAAAGCUCCAUGUUUUGGCAUUUUCUUUUGGCACAAUAAUAGUGUAAAACUCUCAACUCUUUCCAUGAGUUUUUCGCCCAUUUUCAGCACUUUGGCAAAAACUGUUGCACAGCGGAUAUUUCUGGUCGCUCUGGAACCAGUUUAAUACUCUCAAACUAUGAAUUCAAAUUUGGUGAUGUCUUAUGUAAUUGCUGUGUUGUCAUUUCGAUAAGCUAAUGAAGAUUUGGAUAGUAUCA